AAUGAAAUCAAAGAGGAACAAGGUGAAGGCCAUCUGUUUCCAAAUAUUGACCAGUGUCAACUGACAUGUAAUGUAGAUCUAGUGCUUCUUCUGUAGGACUCGUUGCAAGAUGACAGAGAAGAAACCACAUGUUGCUGUAAUUGGUGGAGGUCUGGUUGGUGCACUGAAUGCCUGUUUUCUGGCUAAGAGGAACUUUAAGGUUGAUGUUUAUGAGAGGAGAGAUGAUAUUAGGAAAGCUGAACAUGUGAAGGGGCGGAGUAUAAAUUUGGCUCUCUCUACACGUGGUAGAACUGCACUACGAAUGGUAGGACUGGAAGAGGAAGUCUUAAAAAAUGGAAUUCCCAUGCACGCUCGAAUGAUUCACGGAGUGGAUGGAUCCAGGAAUCCAAUCCUGUAUGGCAAAGAAGACCAGUACAUCAUGUCAGUGGACAGAAGGAGACUGAAUGAAGUGCUGCUAUCAGCUGCUGAAGACAAUCCCAAUGUAACCUGUUAUUUUGAACACAAAGUUGUGAGGUGUGACUUCACAACUGGUGAAGUGGAAUUUAUCAACAAAGAGGGGAAAAAAGUGCAGAAUAAGGUUGACCUAAUUGUGGGAAAUGAUGGAGCAUUUUCUGCUGUCCGUAAAGAAAUGAUGAGGGCAACACUAUUAGAUUUCCAACAAGAAUACAUUCCUCAUGGUUAUAUGGAAUUAACCAUCCCUCCCUCUCCUAAGGAUGAAUUUCAGAUGGAGGUGAACUACUUACACAUUUGGCCUCGAAAUGAAUACAUGAUGAUCGCUCUGCCAAACUUGGAUAAAUCCUUUACCUGUACACUUUUCAUGCCAUUUGACAUUUUUGCCAGUAUUAAAACUGAAGAGGAUCUCAUGAGGUUCUUCAGAGAUAAAUUUCCUGAUGCCAUUCCAUUGAUGGGAGAGGAGACUCUAAAACAGAUAUACAUGUCAAGUAAACCCUUACCUAUGGUCUCUAUAAAGUGUUCACCUUACCAUGUCAAAGAUAAGGGGGUGAUAAUGGGGGAUGCAGCCCAUGCUAUGGUUCCAUUUUAUGGACAAGGAAUGAAUGCUGGAUUUGAGGACUGUAUUGUGUUGGAUGAGAUGCUGGACAAAUACAACAACGAUUUCGCCAAGGCCUUACCAGCGUACUCAGAGUUCAGGAAAGUGGACGAUCAUGCUAUUUGUGAUCUGGCCAUGUACAACUAUGUUGAGAUGAGGAAGUCAGUCAACUCUAAGUUAUUCCUCAUGAGGAAGAAGUUAGACAACUUGCUGUUUACGAUCUUUCCUAGCUCUUGGGUGCCUCUAUACACUAUGGUUGCCUUUACCAGAACAAGGUACCAUGAAUGUAUAGAAAAGAGAAAACACCAGGAUGAGAUUUUGAACAAGGUUCUGUACAUUGGAGGAGUCAUCUUGUUCGGUUCCUUAGCAGUGUCAGUUGUACAAAUCCUCAACCAGAAUGGUGUAUCAAUCCAUAGCCUUAAGGACCAUUUUACACAACUAUGGGAGGCCUACUUUUAGCUCAAGGACUACUGUCAAGUUGCAUAAGAAAUACCUCAUGCUACUGUGAUGCUUUGAAGGAUCUGAACUUGUUUUUUAACAUGGUAAAACAUAUGCAUAAUUUGAGUUUAAAGAUAUUUAUUCACUAAAUUUAUAAUAAAUUACAAAAGAUUUUCAUAUAGGAAAUAAUAAUUACGAAUAGCUGAAAAUAUUUGAAUACAGUGCAAGAAAUUUAUAUUUGCAAAAUAUGUAACCAUUGCAAACAAAACUUACAGUAUCUUUAAGUAUCCUUGUUUUGACAGAAGAGUUUCAAAAGAAAUAUCUUGCUCUGUAGUGAAUUUUUUAAGGAUCUGAUCAUAUAUUAUUAUAAAUAUAUACAUAUGCAUUUUUUUUGUUUAAAUAAAUAUACAUUAUUUCAAAAUUACAAAAGUUUGAACAAAUAUGUAACUGAGAUUAUUUUUCUCUGACAUUUAAAUACAGUGCAAAAAUUUACUUUGUGUGAAAUAUAUAACCAAACAAACUUUUUUUUUUUUAUACAUAUGUUUACCAGUUUACUGGAACAAAUGAAUUCUGGCAAUCAUAAUAAUCUGUUUACUUUGUUUUUUUGAUUCUUUAAUAAAUUCUGCAUCUGGUCUUACAACUUCUACUUCAUUCUCGUUU